CCUGCACCGACUACUACACACAGUCUGUAGUUGUUAGCUGUUUGUUCUGGUCGGAGGAAGACAUCAAGGAGCCCCAGAAAAAAAAAAAUGGACAGCGACAGCAAGAGCAAGAUGAAGGAGAGAUUUGGCCUGAGGCGGGACAUCUUUAAGGAGUUCCUGGCGGAAUUUCUGGGGAUAUUUGUCCUGAUACUCUUUGGAUGUGGUUCAGUGGCCCAGACGGUGCUGAGUAAAGGGGCUCUCGGGGAACCCUUGACCAUCCACGUUGGUUUCACUCUGGGAGUCAUGAUGGCCGUCUACAUGGCAGGGGGAGUGUCAGGAGCCCAUGUGAACCCGGCGGUCUCUCUGGCCAUGGUGAUCCUGGGGAAGCUACCGCUGAAGAAGUUUCCUGUGUAUGUGGUGGCACAAUUCCUGGGUGCUUUUGCUGGAUCUUGUGCUGUCUAUGGGUUGUAUUAUGAUGCUUUGAUGGAAUAUACCAAUGGAGAAUUUGCUGUUACUGGUGCCAAUGCCACAGCCAACAUAUUUGCAUCUUAUCCUGCACAACAUCUCUCAGUCAUAAAUGGGUUUGUUGAUCAGGUAAUUGCAACUGGCGCUCUGAUCCUGUGCAUCCUGGCCAUCACUGACAGGAAGAAUAUUGGUGCUCCAAAAGGCAUGGAGCCUCUGUGCAUCGGCCUGAUCAUCAUGGCCAUCGGAGUGUCCAUGGGUCUGAACUGCGGCUAUCCAAUCAACCCGGCUCGAGACCUCGGCCCACGGUUCUUCACGGCUGUGGCCGGGUGGGGCAUGGACGUAUUCAGAGCUGGAGGUUGCUGGUGGUGGAUCCCUGUGGCAGGGCCGAUGGUGGGCGGAGCAGUUGGAGCGGGCAUUUACUUUCUCUUCAUUGAGUUGCACCACCCUGAGCCUGAAAAACAGGAGGAGAACAACAUCCAGGACAAAUAUGAAAUAGUAACUAUGAGUUAAAAUGUAGAGAAGGGGCUGCAGAGCAAAGCAACAAAGCUGCUGAUUUUUUCUCUCAGAUGGCAAAAAUGUUCUUCUAGAUGAAGAAUUUUUAUACAUUUCUACAAUACAUUUACAGUUAAUGGUUUAAUACACCAAACAUCCGACUACACAAUUUCAUAGUCAUUUAUAAAAUAUGGAUGAAUUAAAUCUUUUUGUGUUUUUUUGUAGGAAGUCUGGUGUAUUCAUAAGUUUCAGGGGCUCCUUCAUUUAUUACAAUGUUAAACUUGCUUAUAAAAUAUAUUAUAAUUAGACAUCAAGCUUUUUCUUUAAUUCCAUGCUAUAAUAACCUUGUAUGGAAAGUUACCGCUUUAUUAUAACUGUGCAGUAUUCUUUAUAUUCUCCUAUUUCGUUACUGGGAUCAUUUCGUCUCAUUAGAAAUAUUUGCCAAGUUUCUGUACAGCAUUUGUAUUAUUUUUACUAAUGUCUACCUUACAAACAAAGGCAUUACAUAUAUGUAGCACUUAGGAAAUACUGGUUUAAUGUGGAAAUGUAGUAAUUUAUACUAUUUUUUGUGUGUUACAGUAACGGGUGUUUUGUGGAGUGUCUCCUUUGUUCUGUUUCACUUGAUUCUUUGCGUGUGUGUUAAAAAUGUGUGAUCGAUCGCUUUAUCUUGCUGACAUUUAUGUAGAAAAUCCAGCCUUAAAAGAUUAUACUGGUGUUGCUUACUUUUUCAGUUAUUUUCAUAAUCCUGUGACACACAAACUUGUGUCCUAUUGCUGGAUCAAAGAUUUACUUGUUACUGAGACCCUUUGAUAUUGAAAAGCCAUAACUUAACAUGAGACAUUUAAGUGUCUGCUUUCUGCAAAAGAGAAAAAAAAACCAAAACAUUUUGUUUCCAGCAGAAACUUUUUCAAAUGUCACUGAACUCUGUGAUGAAUUGUGUUUGAGGCAGAGCACACACUGUAUCAGGGGCAAUAUGCAAACACUGACUGUAACUGUUUACAUUAAUAACUCUUCAGAGCUGAAGUAAAAUGUGUAAUAGAACAUAAAUGUUUGGGAUGGUUUACGUUUGGUUCCAAGUUCAACCCUGAAAAUUGGAUAACAACAUUACAGGUAUUAAAAAAAGGAACAACACUACUUGGAAAUGUAAACUGGAGUUGUAAAAACACUGGAUUUUCCUUUAUUAAUUGUGUUUUUGUGAUUCAUAAUGUUUGUAUCCUGUGAGCACAGAAAUGUGAAUUUGCAAAGACAAUCCAAAUGUAAACGAAUAUAUAUUAGAAUACUAUGACUUGUAAUUCAGCCUGUAUCAAUGGAUAACAUACUGUAAGCAUCACUGUCAGACAACAUGAUGCACAUAGAUCCACAGUAUGCUAAUGUUAAUGUGGAUAUCUGUUGUCGGUUAAACAGGCGUUUAUACUUGCAUUAAUUGUGAGAUUCUAUUGUAGUGUAUUGAAUGUCAUUUUACAACAGCACAGUGUUUGUGUAAUGUACAAGACACUUGUUUGGCAACAUGACAAUCACAUAGAUUAGGGUUUUUUUUUCAUUUGUUGUUUUACUUUUAUAAAACAGAAAAAAUGUGAAAAUGUAGUGUGUCCAUUGUACUUCAAACCCUGUAUGUGGCCUAUGUUUGAUUCAGAAUUACUAGUGUGCAUGUUUGAAAAACUGUUUAAGGUGUUUGUUUCACUGAACCCGUUCAGCUGUUCAGUGAAGUGGCUUGUAUGUUGGUACUUUUCUCUCCCUGUCCUACACUUAUGUUAGUGCUCCUGGCAUGAGUGGCAGCCUGUCACUGAAUAAACUUUGCUGAAAUUAUGUUUUUGUUCACACUUGUUUUGUUGAUGUUCUAAAAACUACAA